AUGCAUGUUUUUGCUGCUGCUGCUGCUGCUGCUGCUGCAGCAGCAGCAGCUGCCGUAGCUGUGGCAGUGGCCACCGCAGCAGCCUCGAUGCAGCUGCUGCUGAACGUGCUGCAGCAGCAGAAGCUGCAGCAGCAGAAGCUGCAGCAGCAGAAGCUGCAGCAGCAGAAGCUGCAGCAGCAGCAGCUGCUGGAAAGACCAUCAGGCCUUCUACUUCAGGGCGCAAACAAACUGACCAGUGGACCACUGGGGGCUGCUGGCUGCUGCGGCUGCCCCCAGCAGCAGCAGCAGCAGAAGGCAGCACAAGUAGCUGCAGCAGCAGCAGCAGCUGCAGCAACAGAAGCAGCUGCUGCAGCAGAAGCAGCUGCAGCAACAGCUGCAGCAGAAGAAGCAGCGGCAGCUGCUGCUGAAGGGCGAGACUCUCUCAGGCAUUACAGAACAACAGCCGCCGCUGCUCUUGCUGCUGCUGCUGCUGCUGCUGUUGCUGCUGCUGCAGCAGCAGCAGCAAUUUAA